AUGAGCAUUAUUGACUUAGUCCCUUAUCUUCUGCAGCGAGGAUUCACGCUUCCUCCCGCAAACACCCAAUCUGCCAAGCAGGCCCGUAGUGCGUUCUUCUGCUCGCUAUGUCAAAAAGGCUACAGCCGCAUGAACGAGUUCGAGGCCCAUGAGUCGUCCUAUGACCACCAGCACAAGAAGAGAUUGAAGGAGAUGAAAGAAAUGCAGAGACAGGUACAACCGAAGAAAGAAGAGAAGGGGCCCCUCAUGCAGAUCAAGUUGGGCACUGGUACGAAGAGUGCAACGGCGGCGGCGGGAGGUGGCGGCGGCUUCAAAAAGGGCGGUUUCAAGAAUGCUUUCGCACCGGUCGAGGGCGAAGUCGCUGUCAAGGCUGAAAGGAAGGAUGACGGUGAUGGGACUACUCUCGAGAAGAAGGAGGAAGAGAAAGUGGACGACCAGGACAGCGAUAUGACUGAUGAAGAUGAUUAUUACGAUCCACGCAGACCGACUGGAUGUAUGCCGGGCUGCGGGAGCUAUGUUGCGGCUGGAGCUUGA